AGGAUAUUUCAUUUCCCGAGAAAACCAAAAAAAAAUUCAAUUGAAAUUACAGAGAAGAAAGGGAGGACGAGGAAGCAAAGGGGAGUGGCGUGUUCUUCUCUCCAAAUUUUAGCCGCCACUUCUUCUCUUCUUCUCCUCAAUCUCAGUCUUAUACAUAGCCAUAGACUCAUAGCUUAUUAUUAGUCUCAUUUGCUCAACUCCUAAUCGGAUCAGAGAAAUUGGGGGGCAACAGAUCGAUUGGUUUUGAUAGAAUCGGAUCGAUUUAGAAAGUUUCUUCGUUUGUUUUGGAUGGUGACGAAGGGAAUGCGUGUUGGGAAAUACGAGCUUGGGAAGACGCUUGGAGAGGGAAACUCUGCAAAAGUCAAAUUCGCUAGAGAUAUUUUUUCCGGCCAAUCUUUCGCCGUCAAAAUCAUCGACAAGUCGCGUAUCACUCGUCUCAACGUCUCCUUUCAGAUUAAGAGAGAGAUCCGAACAUUGAAAGUGUUAAAGCAUCCAAAUAUUGUCAGAAUACAUGAGGUCUUGGCUAGCAAAACCAAGAUUUACAUGGUCCUGGAAUGUGUCACUGGAGGAGACUUAUUUGACAGAAUUGUCUCCAAAGGAAAGCUUUCGGAAACAGAAGGAAGAAAAUUAUUUCAGCAGUUGAUUGAUGGAAUAAGCUACUGUCAUAACAAGGGCGUUUUCCACAGAGAUCUCAAGCUAGAGAAUGUUCUUCUUGAUGCGAAGGGGCACAUUAAGAUCACUGAUUUUGGACUUAGUGCUCUGCCUCAGCAUUUAAGGGAAGAUGGGCUGCUACAUACAACCUGUGGUAGUCCUAACUAUGUCGCGCCUGAGGUUCUAGCUAAUAAGGGCUAUGAUGGUGCAGCAUCAGAUAUAUGGUCGUGUGGAGUAAUCUUGUAUGUUAUUCUUACUGGAUGUCUCCCUUUUGAUGAUACAAACCUCGCCGUUCUUUGCCGGAAGAUAGUCAAAGGGGACCCUCCAAUACCUAGAUGGAUAUCACCAGGUGCUAAAACCAUGAUCAAGAGAAUGCUCGAUCCAAAUCCGGUCACGAGGAUGACAAUCGCUGGUAUAAAGGCCAAUGACUGGUUCAAACACGGCUACAUUCCGUCACAUUGCGAUGAUGAUGAUGAUGAUGAUGCAUCCUUAAUUCAAGAAUAUGGAUCUGAGGAUGAGAAGAGCCCUGAUUCUCCCACCAUCAUCAACGCGUUUCAGUUGAUAGGAAUGUCAUCGUUUCUCGACCUCUCUGGUUUAUUUGAGAUAGAGAAAGUGUCAGAGAGGCAGAUAAGAUUCACGUCAAAUAGGUUAGCUAUAGAGGUGCUGGAGAAAAUCAAAACAAUCCUAAUAGAAAUGGGUUUCUGCGUACACAAGAAAUACACAAUGUUAAAAGCAAUCAAAGAAGAAAGCAUUCGAACAGGGAGAGGCGGUUUAUCGGUAACAGCUGAGGUUUUCGAGGUAAUUCCGUCGCUGAAUGUGGUUGAACUAAGAAAAUCACAUGGCGAUUCGUUUCUAUAUAAAGAGUUGUAUGAAAGAUUAUUAAACGAAUUGGGCACAUCAUCGCAGCUAUUAACGUAGCCAGCCAGCAGAACAAAAUGUCUAUUAUAAUCGAAACUCGAACCCGGAUGCGUCAAGGGUUUAUGUAAAUAAUUUUUUAAAAAAGAUUUCUUUGUAUAAAUUUGGUACAUUAGCCACCCCCCCCCCCCCCAAAAAAAAAAAAUCAUAUUCUUUUGUAAAAGCAGUAGAUUGUCUCUAAAUCUGUACAUAAGCAAGUAAUAGAUAAAUUAAGCAUAUAUUAUGUUA